UGGACUUUUCGUUUAGAGCUCACAAUUCUGUCCAUGGGCUCGGGAAGGCUUCCUCUGGCAAAACUCUACGCGAGUGGAAAUACAUAGAGACGACGGCGCUGCAACUUGAGGGCUGCGAUCUUGGCUCACUUUACUAUGGCCUCUCGCUCCUGUGUCAGCAUCUAUCUUCUCGCUCUGCAACUUGUCUAGCUCUCCUACUCUAAGACGCGUGCGCCAAACGACUCGAUACCCCAUGCACUACCGCAUCCCUCUUGAGCUUUUCGACAUCGUUAUCGACAGCUUCACGUCGGGGCCAACCUACAACCCAGGACUCGGCGUUCGCAUGAGCAAGUGUGAGCUAGGAGCGUGCAGCCUUGUUUGCCGUCAUUGGGCUCGCAGGUGUCGUUAUUCGAUCUUUGCUUCUGUCUCUCUCAGGUCCCGCGAGGACUUCCAUGCGCUCCUCCACCUAAUAGACACUGCAGAAGAGAUCUACGAUAUCCCACCCCUCACGGAGUGCAUCCAAGAAGUUAAUGUCCUGCACUCCGGGCCAUGGGCAGUGCCGUGGUAUCAUCUCAUCCUGAAGGAGCUCACAGCGAGAGAGAUCGAGCUGGAAUCGGAUUGCAUCACGCUCGAGCUCAAGGAGACAUACGUACCCGAACCGCCAGGCUCGUCUGACGUACACUAUGCUCCUCGCUCGCUGAGUACCUCACUACCGCGUACCAUGCCUCGAUCACUUUUCUCGCACGCGGUUCUCUCCCUCGCCGAUCUGCGUUUCAAGCGUGUCCGGGACUUGCUCCGACUCAUUGACGACCAGGGCGAUCUCCAACAGAUUACAUGGGCUCGCAUCUCGUUUGAUGCAGGUGCCAUUCUUCCGCCAGCCAGGCAGCGCACACGUCGGCCUUGGGGUGAUAUGGAAACUAUCAGGACUUCCAAGUGGUCAAACGUCGAUAUGGAGAUGCACAUUAUGUUUCUCAUCGCUGCGGAGAAAGUGCCCGUCAGCAUGGCCCUGCUGCCGGAUGCAUGGAAGCUGAUGACCAAGGCUGCGCUCGCACUUGUUCUGCCCUGCAUUGGCGAAGCUAAACUUGGAUUUAGGGGUGAUGGUGCGUUUUUCUAAUGGC